AUGGGGAGCUUUUUCAAUGCCAGUUUCUCCACGUCUUCUCCGAGUACACUUUCCAAGACUUUACAAACUAUUGUUUUAUGUCCAACAUUCGUUGCAAACGUGUUGGGGAACGUCUGCGUUUGCCUGGCUGUUGCUCAUGUGCGCUCCCUCAAACUUAGGCCUAGCUCCUCUAUCCUUGCCAGCCUAGCGGUCUCAGACCUCUUCAUGUCAUCCUUCCUCGUCUUCCGUUUAAUCUGGUUAUACGACUUGAAAGCAGCGUCUCAAGUUUGCCAAUGGUUCUUAGUUUUGCUGGGAGCACUAACGUACAUAAGUAUUCUUCAUAUUUGCUUUCUCAGCUGCGAUCGCUAUGUUGCCGUUGUUUAUCCGCUUCGGUACAUGACAAUCAUGACCAAUCGACUUAUCAAAUGGACCCUGAUAGUGUGCUGGUGUGCUCCAACGCUAUCUCUACUGAUGGUUCCCAUGGUAUAUCAGAAGGCUGGCCGUGCGUCAUUCAGGUCAAGCUUACUGGGAUGUGCCGGUUCGGACCGCACCAGUGACGAUCAUGAGCCUUCACUCUUUCACGGAGUCCAUCUUGUCUUCAACACCUCUCUUUUCGUCUUGAUCCCUUUCGUCAUGAUGUUGUUUGUCUACAGUCGCAUCGCAAAGAUCUCCUGGUCCCAGAGCCACCGACUGGAACCCGGAGAAAACUUGAAUCCCGAAACGGCUGAGUUGAGGAGGAGGAAAAGAAAAGAGAUGAAAUGGAUGAAAACCAUAGGUAUGAUAUCUACCCUACUUGAAUUUUUGUCAAUUGCAUGCUAGUCCCGCUUGGGGUGCAAGGGGUUUGGGGGCUUUGCUUCCAGUGCCCCUCCCUCCCCUCCCUCGCCUUAUUACAGCCACCAGGCUAGGAGAUUAAACAAUAUAGUAUAAAUAAAUAUAUCAGUAAGAGUGGGCAUUGUGACAGUGACUCGCAAUCAGGCGGUCCCGGUUUCGAAUCCAGCUCUGGCCACUUGCUUUUCUCGAUCGGUUGUCCGGAGUUCAAAACCUCGGCCACGCUCAUAAAUAGCCAACAGGCAUGUUUGUCUCCUGCCAGUUAGGUUUUUACCCUUGUUAUGUUUCUAUUUGGUUGCUUUUCCUGUAAACUAGCUGGAUGAGCUAAGUGCACUCUCCACUACAAACAAACCUUCAACUUUUUAAGCAGUUUUUAACCGGUUAUCUCCACAGUUAUGGUCCUUGGUUUGUUUGCUCUUUGCUAUCUUCCGGGAUUCGUCUCCUUGGUAGUCUCAGUCAAAAUCGGCAUGAGUCGAAUCCCUGUGGUACUCCGAGACACUGUUGUACUUCUGAUAGUGGUGCAGAGCGCGCUUAACCCAAUUAUUUACAUGGUCAGAUCGAACGAGUUCAAGCGUGCUUUCCUGAAAUUUUUCGGAAGAGCUCCUGUUGUACCCCAGGUUCAAACAACUAACACCCUGACGGCGCGUUCCCCUCCGUCACGUAUGGAACUGUCAGUUGUAUGCCAUGUGCAAAAUGAUCGCGGCGGGCCAUCAAUAUCAGUUCUUCCAAUCCUGGAAACUCCUCUGGCGGCAAAUGUUGCUGGAGCAUUGCUGACUAACCCCUCCCUCCAUCUGUCACUUGACUGUUGCCAUGACGAUCGUCGACCAUCAUUCUUAGCUGUCCCAACUCCUGAUCCUUCAUCUCCAUCGAGGGAACAGAUUAAACAUUUCUUUGACAAUGUGAGCUUCCGCUUCUAG